UAUUCCUUGGCGGAUAGAAAGUAAAAAGAAAAGAAAAAAGCAGCAGUUGCUCAAAAAGGUCAGAAAAGGAGCAGCCAUAUAGCUGAAUAUCUGUGCACAAAUUGGAAAAAGAGAGGGUCUGUGUUUGAGUGCGUGCGAAUUUCUAUGGCUGUAGAGCCCAGUUCGGGGGCUAAAGAGAGAGAUCUUCAGCAGACAGCAACAUGGGCAGUUGCUGGUGUUUGUGCUGUGAUUAUAAUUAUCUCUAUUGUCCUAGAAAAGCUCCUUCACAAAGUCGGAACGUGGUUAACAGAUAGGCAUAAGAGAGCUCUUUACGAGGCGUUGGAGAAGGUCAAAGCUGAGUUGAUGAUUCUUGGUUUCAUCUCUCUAACCCUUGUAUUCAGUCAAUACUACAUUGCUGAAAUCUGCAUACCUACCAAUGUUGCCGAUACCAUGCUGCCUUGUUCUAAUAAAGAAUAUAAGGAUGCGAAGGAGGAAGAGACUCGUCGCAGGCUUUUGUCAAUUGAACGCCGUGUUUUAGCUUCCAAAUCUUCUAAGUGCUUGGAGAAGGGGAAAGUACCACUUAUAACGGUGGAUGGACUGCAUCAGAUACAUAUUCUUAUAUUCUUUUUAGCAGUCUUGCACGUGAGUUACAGUGCUAUCACUAUGGCUCUCGGAAGACUUAAGAUUCGUGGCUGGAAAGGAUGGGAGCAGGAAACUUCUACCCACGACUAUGAGUUUUCUAAUGAUCCUUCAAGAUUCAGGCUUACCCACGAGACAUCUUUUGUGAGGGCACACACUAGUUUCUGGACCCGGAUACCUCUGUUUUUCUAUAUUGGAUGCUUUUUUCGACAGUUCUUUAGGUCUGUUAGCAGAUCUGAUUACUUGACUUUACGCAAUGGGUUCAUUUCCGUUCAUUUGGCCCCAGGAAGCAAGUUCAACUUCCAAAAAUACAUCAAAAGGUCACUAGAAGACGACUUUAAGACUGUUGUGGGAGUAAGUCCGGUUUUGUGGGGAUCGUUCGUGGUGUUCUUACUCCUAAAUGUUCACGGGUGGCAAGCACUGUUUUGGGCAUCCUUAAUUCCUGUGAUUAUAAUCUUGGCUGUCGGCACGAAGCUACAAGCUAUUUUGACAAAAAUGGCCCUUGAGAUAACAGAGAGACAUGCAGUAGUCCAGGGCAUACCUCUCGUCCAAGGCUCGGACAAAUAUUUCUGGUUUGGUCGGCCUCGGUUGGUGCUGCAUCUCAUUCACUUUGCACUGUUUCAGAACGCGUUCCAAGUGACAUACUUCUUGUGGAUUUGGUACGAGUUUGGGAUCGAUUCUUGCAUCCAUGACAAUCUCGGACUUGUGAUUGCCAAGAUCGGUGUAGGGGUGGCAGUCCUAUGUUUGUGCAGCUACAUUACACUUCCACUAUAUGCCCUCAUCGCUCAGAUGGGAUCAAAUAUGAAGAAAACCAUCUUCGACGAGCAAACAUCCAAGGCCCUCAAGAAGUGGCAUAUGGCGGUGAAGAAGAAGCAAGGGCGGGGAGGAAGCACCCCUACGCGAACCUUAGGUGGGAACGCGAGCCCAACGUCUUCAGUGGGGUCCCCGUUCCACCCUACAGGCGCGAUGCUUCAGCGUUUUAAGACCACUGGUCACUCAACUCGAGGAUUUGGUUAUGAAGAGCAGGAUGCAUCUGAUCUCGAGGAUCCAUCCACACCUCCACCACCCACCGCCAGCUUGAUCAUACGCUCCAAUGAUCCUUUGGAUCAUGAUCACGACCACGACCAUGAUGUCCGCCAUCUUGAUGACGAGCAUGAUGGGGAAUUUGCUACGAAUGGACAAGAAACGAUGAGGAACGAAGAUGACUUCUCGUUUGUGCGCCCGGCGCCCACCCAGCAGAAGUGAGGUUGGUUGGCACCUUGCUGUUUGUUGGAUUUUAUCAAAAUUUGCCAUCAGCUUGAUUUGCUCUACUUGAUUCUGUAUUUACAUGUGAAAAUUUUCACAAUUUUAGUAGGCACCUGUGAUUACAUAUUUAGAUAUUUUUAUGUACAUUUUUUAUAAAUUUUGUUUCUGUUUUGAGUUUUUUAGGUUUACCAUAUCUUCAAGAUCUUAUAUUGUUGGUUUAUAACCAUUUCAUAUUUUGGAUCUUCAGAUUUCAUUCAAUUAUGAUUACAUCUUUGAUA